GUCACAACCCGGGCUCCCGCCCAGCCCAUCCAGCUUGCCCGCUUGUCUGUGCCCGAGGCGGUGGUGGCUGCCUAGUGACAGCGGCGGCGGCGGCGGCACCAGGCCAGCCGGAGCAGCGUAAGGUGGUGCGGCCCGGAAACGCACACCCGGACAAAGGGCGGCGUGGAGCGAGGAAGACCCGACCCGGGUCGCACGUGAGGGGACCUCGCGGGCGCGGGGCGAGAGGCCGGCGUGAGGGAGCGCCCAGGCGGUGGCCGCCGGCGGCCGGGUCCCGCCUGCCGCCGCCGGCAUGAGCCACAUCCAGAUCCCGCCCGGGCUCACAGAGCUGCUGCAGGGCUACACCGUGGAGGUGUUGCGGCAGCAGCCGCCCGACCUCGUCGACUUCGCGGUGGACUACUUCACCCGCCUGCGCGAGGCCCGCUCCAGAGCCUCCACCCCGCCCGCCGCCCCUCCUUCCGGCUCCCAGGGUCUAGAGCCCGGCCCUGGCCUUGUCGCCGAUGCGAUCGCGGACAGCGAGUCGGAGGACGAAGAGGACUUGGACGUUCCAGUUCCUAACAGAUUUGAUCGGCGGCGAGUAUCAGUCUGUGCUGAGACCUAUAACCCUGAUGAGGAAGAGGAGGAUACUGAUCCAAGGGUGAUUCAUCCUAAAACUGAUCAACAGAGGUGCAGACUUCAGGAAGCUUGCAAAGAUAUUCUUCUUUUCAAAAAUCUUGAUCAGGAACAGCUUUCUCAAGUCCUCGAUGCCAUGUUUGAAAGGACAGUCAAAGUUGAUGAGCAUGUCAUUGACCAGGGAGAUGAUGGGGACAACUUUUAUGUCAUUGAACGGGGAACCUAUGAUAUUUUAGUAACAAGAGAUAAUCAAACUCGCUCUGUUGGUCAGUAUGACAACCGUGGCAGUUUUGGAGAACUAGCUCUGAUGUACAACACCCCAAGAGCUGCUACCAUUGUCGCCACUUCAGAAGGCUCCCUUUGGGGACUGGACCGUGUGACGUUUAGAAGAAUCAUAGUGAAAAAUAAUGCAAAAAAGAGGAAGAUGUUUGAAUCAUUUAUUGAAUCUGUGCUGCUUCUUAAGUCACUAGAGGUGUCAGAACGAAUGAAGAUUGUGGAUGUAAUAGGAGAAAAGGUCUAUAAGGAUGGAGAGCGCAUAAUCACUCAGGGUGAAAAGGCUGAUAGUUUUUACAUUAUAGAGUCCGGCGAAGUGAGCAUCUUGAUUAAAAGCAAGACUAAAGCAAACAAGGAUGGUGGGAACCAAGAGGUCGAGAUUGCCCGCUGCCAUAAGGGGCAGUACUUUGGAGAGCUUGCACUGGUCACCAACAAACCCAGAGCUGCUUCGGCUUAUGCCGUGGGAGAUGUGAAAUGCUUAGUUAUGGAUGUACAAGCAUUUGAGAGGCUUCUGGGGCCCUGCAUGGACAUCAUGAAGAGGAACAUCUCACACUACGAGGAACAGCUGGUGAAGAUGUUUGGCUCCAGCAUGGAUCUGAUAGAUCCUGGGCAGUAGGUGUGCCACACCCCAGAGCCUUCUCAGUGUGAUACCAAAACCUUCCGGUCAGCCACAGAA